CAUAAACACCACAGCAAAUCAAAUCUACAAGCACAAUUUCCCCGACACCGUCCUCUGGAGUAAGACCAUUGAGGGCAUAACACUUGACGACUUCAAUAGAUUAUCUUUUGACAUGAUUUUGAUGAGCCCUCCUUGCCAGCCGUUCACCAGGUAGGUCUUGUGUGUUUUGUAUGCAGUAAAUGGACGUAGCUACAGUGACGUCACCCAUUGGUUUGUGGAGUCCCGUUCGAGCAGCUGCAACUGGCCCUGACACACGAGGCUGACAGUCAGCUGACGGUGAUGCCCUAUUCUGUCCACUGUGUCCCGCACCGUUGCUGCUCGUUUUGGGCCUAUUCCACAUGUUGAAUCGGCGUGGGCGACAGCAGAGACUGUCUGUGAAUAAAAUCGCUCUGAUUGGCAGUUCAGCUCUGCACACGAGAAGAGAAACAGAAGUGAGGAAAGUAAACAGCUCGAGCUCAGUCCAGAGAGAAUGAGACCAAAACAGACUGGUUCCAGAAGGUUAGGACUUCAGGGUGACAUCGCUGAUCCCAGAACCAAGAGCUUCCUCUACAUCCUUGAUCUUCUGCCAAGGCUGUGCAGGUUACCUCGCUUCAUCCUGCUGGAGAAUGUGAAAGGCUUUGAGACCUCAUCUGCCAGGGAACGUUUGGUGAAAACACUGACGGACUGUGGAUACACUUUCCAGGAGAUCAUGAUCUCUCCCACCAGUGUUGGGAUCCCAAAUUCAAGACUGCGUUAUUUCCUGCUCGCCAAGAUUUCAACAGAAAACUUCAGCUCAAAGAUUUUAGAUGCCUUUCCACAUCCAGCUGAGAGUGAUUCCCCUGAGCAGCCCACAGUCUUGAGUCCUCCCCACCCAGGUACCUGCCAGCCAGAGGAGGACCUGCAGGGCAGUCAUUUCCUGUAUAAACUAGAGACAACGCUGGAAGUCCAGAAGAAGAUGAGUCAGAACAACGAUCUGUCCAUCAGGCAGAUCCAAGACUUCCUGGAACCACAGAUGGAAGUAGACAUGGAACAGCAUCUCCUUCCUCCUAAAACGCUGCUGCGGUAUGCUCUGAUCUUGGACAUUGUUCGGCCCACCUGCAGGAGGUCUGUCUGCUUCACCAAAGGCUACGGACGGUAUGUGGAGGGAACUGGCUCAGUGCUGCAGUGCUGCACGGAAACAGAGAUGGAGAGUGUGUUUAAAGGUCUGGACCAGUGCUCUGAAGAUGAGAAACUCCAGCAGCUGUCGAAACUGAAGCUCCGUUAUUUCACUCCCAGAGAAGUUGCCAACCUCAUGGGUUUCCCUCAAAGCUUCUCCUUCCCGGAGCACGUCACCACCAAGCAGCAGUACAAAGUCCUAGGAAACAGCCUGAAUGUGGUGGUGGUGGCCAGACUCCUACAGCUGCUCGUCUCCUAGCACCUGAAGGAGGAGACCAUCCUGUGUGUCAUUGUGGAUGACGUCAUAGAGAGCUCUCGUUCCAGUGGACAUGUACAUAGUCUACUCAGUGUUGCAGAUGUUAAAUGUUGGCCAAACGCUGGAACAUUGUAAGUUACAUGUUUCUGACAUUUCACUUCAAGCAGUACAUGGCUGCACAUGAAUGUUUUAUUUUUUAUAAUUAUAGAUUUUUUAAUAAUUUAAAUAAAAAACGAAAAAAAUAACCUGUGAUGGUAAUUGUUUUCAUUAGUUUUUUAAUUAAGUUUUUUUUUGUUUUUUUGUAUUUUGUUUAACCUGAUUGAAAAUAAUGCAUUUCCUAGGUUUAUUCUUAUGCAGCACUGUCUAUCACUAUUUAUCUACAGUAUUUAGCACUAUCUGAAACUAUGAUUUUACGGUAACACUUUAUAUUAAGGUACUGUAAUAAGCGUUAAUUAAUGCUUAAUAAGCACCAAUUAACAGUUAAUGAGCGCUUAUAAGACAGAAUAAGAUGUUUAUUACCAUUAGUAAGACACUAAGUGUUAAUUAUAGCAUAAUUAACACAAAUAAAUGUGGUUAUUGUUCCAUAAUUAACCCUUAUAAAUUGUAAUUAAUGUAAAUAGACAUCUUAUUAAUAUUUAGCAUAGGUUUAUAAACUGUUACCAAAGUUUCUAUUAAGUGCUUAUAAUACUCCUAUAAGCAAUAAUAACUCAGUCAGUUAUGCUGUAAUAAACACUUAGUCUGGUCUUAUUAAUGUUAAUGUUAAGACAGAUCGUAACAUCUACAGGCCUCCCUGCUGUCAGAGCAGCAUGUGCCAAAAUCUGUGGACAGAGCUCAAAGAGCAGAGCAUGAAGACGGCCCAAGAAUCUCACAGAGCUAG